ACUAAAACGUGUGCCCCAAUUUCAAUUCAAAUCACCCCUUUAAUCUUCUGAUAUAUGAACGGUAAACCAAAAAAAAGAAAAGAAAUUAGAACCAUUACUCCAAAUCUUCACUUUCUUGUACAAUUCAUUGAUCAAGAUCUGGAAUUGUGAUCUGAACAAAACGCACAAAAGUUUCAAGAGGGAGAAAGUAAGUGUGUGAGAGAGAAGUGAAAUGGCGAUGGCGAGGGUAAGCUCUGGCCUCGCGUAUCCGGAGCGAUUCUAUGCAGCGGCAUCUUAUGCUGGGUUUGAUGGAUCUUCCGACUCCUCUACCAAAGGUGUCAGCUCCAAGUUCUCAAACGAUGCUGCUCUUUUACUUUAUGCCCUCUAUCAACAGGCAACUGUAGGACCUUGUAAGAUUCCUAAGCCUAGAAGUUGGAAUCCAGUAGAACAAAGCAAAUGGACAAGCUGGAAUGGGCUUGGAAACAUGGCUUCCACAGAGGCAAUGCGUCUUUUCGUGAAAAUAUUGGAGGAAGAAGAUCCAGGAUGGUAUUCAAGGGCUUCAAACUUUGUUUCAGAGCCUGCAGUACAGGGUGAAAAGAAUAAUGAGACGAUAGCGGAGCCAGUUACUGAAAAUGGAAAUGUUCUUCCUGAGAUAAAAACUAUUCCUGCUGAAAAUGGAAACAUGUCAGAACCUCAGGAUAAAGAUGUUGUAUCAGAAGGCUUUGGUGCAGUUGGUGUGUAUGACCAAUGGGUUUCACCUCCUAUAUCUGGUCCACGGCCAAAAUCUCGAUACGAGCAUGGGGCAGCCGUUAUUGAUGAUAAGAUGUAUAUAUUUGGAGGGAACCUCAAUGGACGCUACCUUAGUGAUCUCCAGGCUUUGGAUUUGAGAAGUUGGACGUGGUCGAAAGUAGAGGUUAAAACAUCUAAUGAGGCUUCUCAAAUGCCAGUAUCUCCCUUUGCUGGUCACUCCCUGAUACCAUGGGAAGGAAAUAAGCUCAUUUCAAUUGGUGGACAUUCAAAAGAUCCUUCUGAAACUAUGCAAGUUAAGGUGUUUGAUCUGCAAACACAUACUUGGUCCAACUUGAAGACUUAUGGAAAACCGCCGUUAUCGCGUGGAGGUCAUUCAGUUACCCCUACAGGAACAAGCUUAGUCAUAUUUGGCGGCCAAGAUGCAAAUCGAUCUCUUUUGAACGAUCUUCACAUUCUAGACUUGGAAACCAUGACCUGGGAUGAAAUGGACACAUUGGGAGUGCCUCCUUCUCCAAGGUCCGAUCAUGCUGCUGCAGUACAUGCUGAGCGAUACCUUCUUAUUUUUGGCGGGGGCUCUCAUGCUACUUGCUUCAAUGAUCUGCAUGUCCUUGAUUUACAAACUAUGGAGUGGUCAACGCCUACUCAACAGGGUGAAAUACCAAGUCCACGUGCUGGCCAUGCUGGUGUGACAGUUGGAGAGAAUUGGUUUAUUACUGGUGGAGGCAACAAUAAGAGUGGGGUCUCUGAAACUGUUGCCCUCAACAUGUCUACACUGGGUUGGUCCACCGUAACAACUGUUCAAGGGCGUGUUCCUCUUGCUAGUGAGGGCUUGAGUUUGGUGUUGUGUUCAUAUAAUGGUGAAGAUAUCCUAGUUUCUUUUGGAGGAUACAAUGGGCGGUAUAGUAAUGAGGUCAAUGUACUGAAACCGAGCCACAAAUCAGCUUUGCAAUCUAUGGAGACUCCUGUACCUGAUAGUGUUUCAGCAAUGCAAAAUGCUACUAAUGCCACGAGGGAUUUGGAGUCAGAUAUUGCAACAGUCCAAGAAGGAAAAAUCAGGGAAAUCGUGGUGGACAACACUGAAUCUGAACCAAUGGUGAACAAAGUUGAAGAAACUAGUGAACGACUUUUAGCUGCUCUCAAAGCUGAGAAGGAAGAGAUAGAGUCAUCUCUCAGCAAAGAGAAGUUGCAAACGCUUCAGCUGAAGCAAGACUUGACUGAUGCUGAGGCUCGCAAUACAGAUCUUUAUAUGGAGCUCCAAUCUGUACGUGGUCAACUUGCUUCUGAACAAUCAAGAUGUUUCAAACUAGAGGUGGAUGUUGCGGAGCUAAGACAAAAGCUACAGACUCUGGAAAGCUUAAAGAAAGAACUUGAGCUACUCCAACGACAAAAAGCUGCAUCAGAGCAAGCCUUGAAUGAGAAGCGAAGGCAGAGCUCUGGAGGAGUAUGGGGAUGGAUUGCUGGAACUCCUCCUAAUCAACAAGACGAUGCUUGAUACAAUAACUUUGAUAAUAGAAAAUCAGUUCUUCAUUGAUAAUUUUUUAUUAAAAAUAAUUUUAUUUUGUUAGUUGUUCUUUUCACAAAUAGAAUAAGAUAUGGAGUCGGGUGGAGGGGAAGUAAGGUCUUUGUAUCAAGGCAGGCGAGACUUUUGUUGUAUAAUUAUGAGUGGCUACGAGUGCUACUUAUUUUUUGGUCGAGUAUUUACCAGGACUAUUCUCAGAAAGAGAAUUAAUUGUUGACAAAGUAUAGGACGACUUGUUAUGAGGUUUUCAGGUAUUUAUGGAUUUUUGUAAUGCAAUUGAUCUUACUGUAUUCGUCUCCUGG